UCCGUUUAUAGUAGUGUGAUCUUGUACCUGAUAUCCACUGUGAAAAACAAACAAGCAAAAAAGAUUAAACCGUAAAGAGAAGGCAAUAUCCCCCACCAGUUUUUCUAUACAAUGUGAAUAUUUAAGAACAAACAAGUGAAAACCAACACAACACUGAGGACAGGACGGUUUGCAGUCAGUACUUGCGGACACUGUUGUGUUGCUUCCAGUUCCGGUGGUGAGGAGUCCUUUCCAAAUAUAAGAGGAAUAAAGAAGUCACUUCCGCUGCUGUCAUCAUCUUCCAGCAGAUUGAGCAAGAAUAUUUCGAGCACUACAGAAAAGCAAUAUGAAUGCAGGCCCAUCUUGGAAUAAAGUACAGCGUCCAAAGAAUUCUUCAAGAAGAAGGCAGAGUAAAUCCCAAGUCCCCCAUGUUUCUUCCCAGAUGAAAAGCAGUCUCGGAGGAGGUGCCUCCCAACCUCCUGAGGAUAAACUGAAGGAAAGUAUUUCCCCGGAAGGAAACCCCGAAAGGAGUCCCCCGGGCUCCAGGUGUCGGGGGACCUCAGGGAACAAGUUGUUUCUGGACUUUCAGUCGAUGAAAAUUUUCAAAGAAGCCGCUGAGGAGGACAGUGCCAGCGAUCUCUCUGAUUCAGAAAGAAUCCCCGUUCCCCCUUCUCCCGUCACGCCUCCAGAGCUUCACCUUCGAGCCGAAGAGAUUGAUCCAGUUCACUUUGACCUGCACCCAGGGCAGGGCCCCGCCAAGCCCGAAUACCGUUACCCCAACUUCCUCCCACCCCCAUGCGACUCCUGGGACCUGCGGGACAUGGCUGUGCUCCUGCACUCUGAGCACAGGCCGGAGGCCAUGCCCAGAGCCGGGGGCCUCCUGGGGAGGUACGUGGACAGGCUUGUCCAGCUUGAGUGGCUGCAGAUGCAGACCGUCCAGUGCGAGAGAGCCAAGGGGGCCAAGGCGAGGCCCCCCAUGGCCCCCGGGGCCACGGGGGCUCUGAAGAGCCCGGGAAGAAGCCAGCAGCUUGCCAGUGCCCUGGCCAGGCCCCAGCAGGAAGGGCCUCUGAAGUCAGGCCCUUCGCGGAAGAAGGACGUGCACCGCGGAGAAGCCCAUGUGUCCUGUUCCACGUGGGAGGCCUCACCCAGACCCCUCGACGUGCUGGGUAGCAGCAGGUUAUGUUCUCAGAAGCAAACCCUGGACGUGCGCACAGAGGAGAAGAAGAAGAAGGCCAACAAGAGCUCCAGGCUGCAGCGCUGGGAUCUGUCCCGCGGGGACAGUGGCGGCCCAAAGGUGGAGAGCAACGGGAACCUGUGCUUUCCCAGGCCGCUGGCCGGGAUCCUGGACUCCGCGGAUGCCUGCAAGGCCUCCAGGGCACCAGCACAUGCAAGUCUUAAGAAGAAGGGAAAUGCAAAUAACUGUGCUCGCGCCACUAUAUCCAGCGAGAAAAAGCUCAAAACAAACGGAGUAAAACAAAACACGUGCAAAUUCAAAUAAUAACUGAGAUGAUGAUUUGCAAGGACUGCAGGUGCCUCAUUGUUAGAGCUCUUCCGAAAGUUACAAUACUGUGAAUUGUAAGAGACUUUGGGAUUACUGACAUGGAGGAGGUUGACAGGUUCUUUAGUCUACGAGCCGUGCCCCCCGCCCCAGCCACACUAGGGUUCUUUUUAAAGAAGGGUGUCCUUCAGUAAUCCUAUUUUGUGUUGACAGUCUUAGGCAAAUGAGAGCCCUUUAGAUAAAAGUUAACCAAGGUCUGUGCAAUAUAAAGAAGUAAGACAACAGCUCUCCAAGGGAAGGGUGAACUAAACUUCGGAAACAUCAGCCAGGCCCCAUUCAGCCUGUGUGAAUUAGUGCGUACUGCUUCCAACGGUAUAGAAUCCUGCGUGUUUGAAACAGGACUCUGUUCGUCCUCAUCCUAAACUACUCAAGCAGAAGUUCUGGGCAUCUCAUCCCUAGGGGAAGCUUCGGCUCUUCCUCAAGUUGCGGAGCAUCUAUUUUAGCAAAGUCAUUUAUCACUAAGCUGCCUGCUCUUUUGAGACAAUGGAAUCUAGUGCUUUCAUACACUUUUUAAAGGCCUUUCAAAUUUAGAGGUGGUGGCGAAGUCCAUUUUUGUAUUCUCUAAACUGAAGUUAAAAUAGGGUGCAGACUUCAUCAGCAGGUCUGAGCACGGUUGUUAGUGUGUGGUGGGAGGCAGAAUGAAAUGGUUGGCACCUAGAAUUCCUGGCAUGUGCGCUUCUCUGAAGAGGUGCCACGGGAAAACCGCCUUUCAGAGUUUGCCAGUUCAGGGCCUGUCAUCGGAUAGACACAUGCAGAACCACUUUGAGUGGGACAGUUAGUGCCUUCCUGAUUUGGGACCUGGAUUCUGCUGUCUGUAGUCAAAACGAUGAUCUGUCUUCAUUUGCAAGAACAGGACUUUAUAAUCCUGCUGGGAGCAGGGGGGCAGGGGUGCACCAUGAAUAAUGUUACCAAAUGUCUUAACAUCCUCACCUGGCCCUGUGGCUGCCUGACUCCCCUAAAUGCUUCUUGUUUAACUGCUGUUAAGUCACAUCUACUUGUCCCUGUGGUUGUGCUGUGAGAUUUCUCUUGAUAUUGUUGUGAAUAUCUUUAAAACCUUUGGCUGACUACUUCUUCAUAUACAGUAUGUUUUAAUGACUAUAGAUGAUUUUAUCCCUUCAAACGAUUAUUCUGUUUGGUUUGUUUUUUUGUUUUUUCUUUUUACAUAUAUGUUUCUGUUUUUUCACCUUUGGGGCAAAUGAAAAACUUAGUACUUUUCAUUUGAAAAUAUUUACUAACUCACAGACUUUUCACCCAGCAACUCAGUGUCAGCCAAGGCACUAAGUUAACAUAAAGACAAGAUGCAUUUAUAAAUAAUUAAAAUAAUAGGCCAAAGUGGAAUGUUAAGAUGCCAUUUUAAAAUCUGAUUCUAAUUGUACUAAACAACAACAAUUUUUAUGGCAGUCUUUUUCUUCUAGGACUUUAUUUGUAGAUUCCCUCUUAUAUUCUCUCUCUCACACCACCCUGUCGGAGAAAGCACUGCUUACAGUAGUAUCUUAUGCCUUUUUAUACAUGAACAAAAGAUGGACUUCUGGCAGGCAUUACUUCCAUGGUUCACAAUUACACUAUAACUUGUGUACUCAGUGUAAGUAUAGUAUUUUGAAGACACAGUGCUAUUCUGACUUUUCCUUUCUGUGGUGCCUGAGUGGCCCCCCAUGUCCCUCGACGGCCCUGCUCCUGUGAGGACAGGUGGGUGAGUCCUGUGUACACGGCUGGCACCCCACUCAUGAGUCUUGCUCUGCUAGAUUUUUAUGCAGCUCUUUAUGACGUUUCGGGGCCGAUACGUCUCUGUAAGCACAUUACAUACACAUAUAUACUCCUGAUGUUAAUCCUACAGGGUUUAUGUCAAGCUGCUGCUUCUCCCAGGAAUAUACCUGUGCAGGUGCCCUCCGAGAUCUGGAGGGUGAGGGUGACGUGGUUUACAUCUCCCCGCCUCCUGUGUGUGUGAGCUGAUUAAGGAAUGUGGCAGUAAGGCCUGGGAUGUUACAUUUGCUCCUUGUUCUUUGACUUGAAGUUGGUUGCUUAAUUCCGGGGGGAUAGUUACAAUGUCAUAUGUUAAGACAGCUUUAAAAGCCUGAAAAAGUGGCUUUGCUUGUUUACUUUUUUACCUCCGGUUGGUAGUUUGUUUUAACCAACACUAUUGUGAUUGGAUCAGAGCUCCUACCGAGUAUAGGUUCAUUACAGAACAUAAGCACAAUUUUAUGAUUUCUGAUGUGCGCAUCUUAGUGCACUAAAUGCUGCAGAUACGAAUCUUGCCAUUCAAGCAGACAGCAUGGGAGAGUUGUUGCGAGCUAUACAGUUCAUCAAAUCGAAGCCAUUGAGUCUCGUGACAUGAGUCGUGUUUCUAAGAAGUGCCUCUCAUCUUUGUGGAGUUGUUUACAUACACUUGCAUUUAAACCAAUUAAAAUAAUCCAAUAAAAUAAAAUAAAUGGUAGCAAAAAAAAAAAAAAAA